AUGCAUGCCGUGACGUCUGCCAAGAAACAAAAAGAAUACAUCGAUAAACUUCAAGCAGAAAUUGAUGUCCCACAGAAGAGGAUAGGUGAGGACGAGAGUGCAGAGGCUAUUGUAUCAAGACACAUAAACCUGUUGCAUCGUUAUAAUGAAGCCAAGGAUGCUACUCAGUUAUUGAUAGGAAGGCUCGCUGCUUCGAAGGAAACCACUGUCCGGCAAAUUCACAACGACAUGGACCUCUUGGAUGAUUAG